ACCUUAUUUUCUGGUCCUGGUCACUCAUCAGUGUUUUCUUUAUUAAUUUUUUUAUCAAGCCACGCCCAAAGUCCUUGCCCACGCAGUCCACGUGAUACCACGUGUGUAAAAUGGUGUCUAACUCAUCGUGUCAAGAAAACUUUUAUACCCCAACUAGUCUCGGCCCAGCCUAUACCCCAACUAGUCAUGAUGAUGACACUACUGUGUCUAUUGUAUAUUGGGGCCAUAAUCCUCCAGUACACGACAUUACCAGUUUGACCAGGACAGAGGAGGAUAAAGGAGGAGCUACUGGUACUAAAAUGGGACCAAUUUGUGUCUUAAACUUAUACAGGAAGAGAAUCAACGGAGAGUUUGUGUUAUGUCCGAGACUAUUAUUACUAGGAAUGGAGUCUGGGGACAGGGACAGGAUUGUCAGUCUUAGUAAAAAUGGUUGCAUAGAAUCUUGGGAUGGUGAAGAUUGAAGAAUGUUAAUAAUCUUGGAAAUUUAAUGCAUUAUGGGUUGUAGUGAUAAUAUUAAUGGAGCAUUAUGUAA